AUGGAGUCGCAGAAAGAGGUUCAAUAUAUUGCAUACAAGGAAAGAUGGCUAAUAUUGUCAGUUUGUUGUUUACUAGCACUAUCUAACGCCACGGUAUGUUUUUCGUUGAAAAAUUAGAAGAAAAUCAAAAAAAAAUGUUUUUAGCAAUGGAUGUCACUUAUGGCAAUAGCCGGUCAAGUUAAUACAUAUUAUCGUGGUGGAUCUCAAGACAGUACAACGGUUUAUGACGUGGCAUUCAUAGAAAAUCAAAUUUUCCAACUCGUCUGCUUUUUCACAGGAUUUGCUGGAAUGUGGAUAACGGAUAAUUGGGGAGUCAAGGUUUCUUGUCUGAUGGGCACAACAAUCAACCUGAUAGGUGCCUCAGUACGAUUUGGCGCCUCUUUUCCGCAAAUCAAAAACAUGAUUGUUCGAGAGACGGCUCUUCACAUUGGCUCUUUUAUCGCCGCACUUUCGCAGGGAUUUUUUCUGGUUUUACCUUCGAAAAUUGCGGAAUGCUGGUUUCCACAAGAUCAGCGAGCUAUUGCCAAUGUUUUGUCGUUUGUGGCGAAUCCGGCGGGUGUCGCGUUGGGAACUAUUAUACCAUCGCUGAUUUUUAGCCCGACACUUGAUAAGGAUUCGAAUUUGCCGGGGUUUUAUGUGAGUUUUUUUGGUAUUGAUUGGGAUGUGAAAUUGGAAAAGGGGAGUUAGCAAACUUGGUCUAUUAAACAAAAUAAGAUUUGAAAUGUCUAGAAACCAAAAUGGGCCGGCAACGGAAAUUUUGAGCACUUUUAAAAAUGUUCCAAAUAAAUUGAUGAAUGAAACUCAAAAAUGCACUUAUUUCAAAAAAAUUGAAGUUGAACAUAAAUUACAAAAAAAUAAAAGAUUUAUUUCGCCGAACUAUUUUGGUGGCCGAGAAAUGUCGGGAAUUCGGCCAAAGCAACAAACGCGCUCCAACAAUGAGCAUUUUUGCAACAUUAGAGCGAGUCCACAAAAAAUAGUUCGGCCACUUAUAUUUUUUAUUUUUUCUGAAAUUUACAUGUUCAACUUCAAUUUUUUGUGUGCAUUUUUAGUUUCAUUCAUUAAUAUUUGAACAUUUCUAAAAGUGCUCAUAAUCUCUCUGAAAAUUUCAGACCUUCGGAAUGCUUCUCCUCGCUCUCCUCCCAUUCAUCCUCGCCCUUUUCAUCCGUCGCAAACUUCCACCAACUCCACCCUCAGUCUCCGCUUCAAAAGCCGAUCAUAAAUGCGAAACCGGUUUCAUCGGCUCGAUUAUCGAAUGUCUCACCACAUUUCAAUUCGUCAUACUUCUCAUCAAUUUUUCGUUAGCCUUCUCUGUGCUUUGGAGUCUGAUGAUCUCACUGGAAGAACCACUUAUAUCUCGAAAAUAUCAACUUCAAGGAUAUCCGACAGCUGUCGCAGCGAUUAUUGGAACAAUUUCAUCGCUUAUCGCUGGACAUGUUGCUGACAAAACUCAGGCUUUCAAAGAGAUUAUACGAUGUUGUGCGUUCGGUUUUGCACUAUCUGUUAUCACUUUGAGGUUGUGGAUUGAGAAAGAGAGGAAUUUCGGGGUGAUGGAUGAUGUGGUGGUUUUAGUGUUGUGCGGAUUUUGUGGCGCUUUUAGUAUACCACAAUUUCCGAUUGGUGUUGAGUUGGGAGUGAGUUUUUUAAGAGAAAAUUUUCAUUAUUUUGUGGUAGAGAGCAUUUUCACUAUGAGAAAGCUGUAGUUUCAAAUGCGCUCUACCGAGAAAAAUUAUUAUUAUAAAAAGGUUUUUCUUGCUUCGAAACUUGAGAUAAAGAAAGUGCGGUCUAGGCCAAAUUUUCAAAAUCGAGAGAUUUUUUUCAAAUAUUUUUCCUAAGCUUCUGAAAUAAGUGCACAGAAAAUCUAAUUUUUCACGCUUAAGGAAUCCCGAAGAAUACAAACGCGCUCCACCGAAAUCCCUACAAACAUGUUUUUUUUCAAAUUUCAUUAUUAGAGCGUACUUUCCCCGCUUUUUUCAAAAAUUCCUUUUUAUUCUCCAGGUCGAAGCCACGUUUCCAAUCCUCGAAGCAACAUCUUCCGGAGUUUUGGUGGUUUUUGGCAGCGGUUUCCUAGUGCUAAUCCCGAUUUUACAAAACACCCUCAAAAAAUAUCCGAUUUUAUAUGAGGAAAAUUGGAAGUGUGAGUUUUGGGUUAUUUUUUUUUUGGGCCCAACAAAAUUCCCAAUUCUCUCUUGCAGUUCCUCUUGAUGUCCUUUGUGGCCUUGCAGUUUUUGCCUUCAUUUUAUCCGUAACAUUGUUGCGUCCAACGUAUCGACGACUCGAAUUGGAGCACACAAAAAUCGCGAGCCCCGAAACCACACAAAGCUCAAUUUCAGUAACUGAAAAACGAGAUGAUUCAGAGAAACUCGAGUAA